AGUCCAAGCAGCGAGCAAAGAGAAGAGGGUGAGCUGACCAAUCAGAGGGGGGCAACUCACAGCGUUGAGUCCUGGCAACCUAUCAGCAAAGUGCUCCCAGCCGACUCACCUGGUCCGUGCAGACGUCCGGUGGGACAUGGCGAACGUGAGCGGCGAGGCCCUCCGGAACCAGGAAGAGGAGAGUUUUCUCUACUUCGCCUACGGCAGCAACCUGCUGACGGAGCGGAUCCACCUUCGAAACCCCUCCGCCGCGUUCUGCUGCGUGGCCUGCCUGCAGGAUUUUAAGCUUGACUUUGGCAAUUCCCAAGGCAAAACAAGUGAAACUUGGCACGGAGGUAUAGCCACCGUUUUUGAAAGUCCUGGUGAUGAAGUAUGGGGAGUCGUAUGGAAAAUGAACAAAAGCAACUUAAGUUCUCUGGAUACGCAAGAAGGGGUUAAAAGUGGAACAUAUGUCCCAAUAGAAGUUAAUGUUUCUACUCAAGAAGGAAAAGAAAUAACCUGUCGAAGUUAUCAGAUGAAAAAUUAUCAGAGCGUUCCUCCAUCACCCCAGUAUAAAAAGGUCAUUUGCAUGGGUGCAAAAGAGAAUGGUUUGCCACUGGAGUAUCAAAAGAAGUUAAAUGCAGUAGAACCAAAUGACUACAAAGGAAAGCUCUCAGAAGAAAUUGAAGACAUGAUCAAAAAGGGGGAAACAAAAACUCACUAAGACAUAAUAGAUAUGCUCAUAUAUUUUUAAACUUUAGAACAGGGACCUGGGAUAUCUCUCUGUUUAAUGCAUUUUUAACAGUGCUCUGAAGGGAGAUCUCACUUGGGCGAAUCCUGUUCUCAGACUAUAAAAAGAAACCGGGUUAGAAGUUAGACCAUUGAAAAGGGGGCCAUGAAGCACGGGAAUGCACGACACGGAGAUGUGAGUACUUCUGUGAACCCUUAAAGUUAUUUUAUUGAGUUGAUCUGACAUGUAUUUUUGCUCUGUGACAAAGGAUAGAUUUGCAGCUUAAUGGUGGUGCUGGUGAAUCACUCUGCUCUGGGAUUUUUUAGUCUGCUUCAUAAGAGCAAGCAAGCUGCAGAGACAGCUGAUAAUAAAAUUUGACAAAUUUAAAAGAUGGCAUACUGUUCUUAGAGGAAUAAAUGUAUUUGUGGUUUAGCCUGUAUUCCCUACUGAAAUACUACAUUUUAUUUUGUUAGAGAGACUCAUAAACGUCACACAUACUGGGUCUGGCCUUGGCCAUGUCCAGUCUAUGCUAGAGGAUUAUCGCCCAAACUGUGGAACCAGACAGCCUAGUAUCGAUCGUCAGUUCCACUACCUUCCAGCUGGGAAGCUUUGGGUUCUUUGACCGUGCCUCAGUCUCCUUGCUUGCAGAUGGAGGCCAGCCCAGAUAACCCAUGUCUUAGGAUUGUUUUAAGGAAUAAAUAUAUGUAAUAAGCUUAGAACAGAGCCUGGGCUAUAGUAAGUAUUAGCAAUCAUUAUUGUUCCUAUUGAAGAAUUUGGUUGGUACAGAGCCAUCCUUGGAACAGGAUUUUAAAGUAGAAGAAUCAAGACGAUGAGGGGAAAGUGUUUCCUGGAAGCUAAAAUUUUAUUUGGCUUAUCAAGAAAUGGUCAUCCUCUUACUUAUUGAAUAAAUGGAAGAAAGAAGAGUCAUGAAUAAAACAACACUGGUUAUCAAAAAA